AUGGUCCCUCGUCGCCGGUUCAGUCGGCGCCUACUGGCCGCUGCAGCCGCCCUCACCGUCUUCUUCUUUUACCAUUUCUUCGCCCUCGACAAUCGCCCGUGGCGACCGCACUUCGACGACGUCACCCCGGAUCUCGACGAACAUGGCGAACCGGCUCCAUUCUGCCCGCCAUUGCCGGGCAUCGAGGAUGUUCUGGUCGUCAUGAAGACCGGGGUGACUGAAGCUCGCGAGAAGGUCCCGGUCCACUUCCAAACCACCCUCCGCUGCAUCCCCCACUACGUGAUCUACUCGGAUUUCGAAGAGGAGAUCGAGGGCGUCAAGAUCCACGAUGUCCUGCGCGAUAUGGACAGUACCGCGAAGCAGAACCCCGAUUUCGAAUUCUACAACCGCAUCGUCAAGUACGGCCGCAAGGGUCUCGAGCAGCAGGACUUCGCCGACGAAGCCAACUCCGCCAUCGGCAAACCCAACAACCCGGGGUGGAAACUGGACAAAUGGAAGUUCCUGCCGAUGGCCCAGGCAGCCCUGCGACACAAGGCCAACGCGAAAUGGUUCAUCUUCAUCGAAGCCGACACCUACAUGUCGUGGCCGACGGUCCUCACCUGGCUGGCCCGGUUCGACCACACCAAGCCGCAGUAUCUGGGCACAGAGACCCAGAUCGCAGACGUGAUUUUCGCCCACGGAGGCUCAGGCUUCAUGCUUUCUAAUCCCGCCCUGCAGCGCGCCUCCGACCAAUAUUCUUCCCGCGAACUCGAGCUGAACGCCUACACGGACGGCCACUGGGCGGGUGACUGCGUGCUCGGUAAGGUUCUCGCCGACGCAGGUGUCAACCUGCACUUUACGUGGCCGAUCCUGCAGAACUCCAACCUCGGCGAGCUGGACGAGUUCACCGUCGACUUUUACCGUCAUCCGUGGUGCUUUAUCGCCGUGGCUUUCCACCACCUUUCCCCGACCGACAUCGAGAACCUCUGGAAGUUUGAACAGAAGCGCUGGCGUAAUAAAAACAAACGUAUCCUCCUCCACGGCGACCUCUUCCGCGAAUUCAUAUACCAAGAAAUCGUCACCCAGCCCACUCGUCUCAACUGGGAUAACCUGGCAGCUGACGAGCAGCCUUUCGCGCAUUCUUUCGAGGAUUGUCGUAUCCUCUGCGACGCGCAGAAGACCUGCGCGCAGUUCGCGUUCCGCGAAAACACCUGCUUCACCAGCGCCAACCCGCGUCUUGGAAAUGCCGUGUCCACCGGCGACGCUACCUCUGGCUGGAUCACGGGUCGCGUUCGCGAUCUGACCGAGAAAAAGGGUUUGUGCCGAAAGCCCGAAUUUGGGGACUAA